CCAGCUAGAACGAGCGUUCUCUUCCAUCCCAUUCUCUUUCCCUCCCAACCGCUUAUCUGAUUCAUAAUCACGCAAGAUUCAAUAUAGAAAAGCGAAUAUCAGCUUCUUGAAUCUCUCAUCUUUGAUUCGGGAAGUAAAUUCACAGCCGAGCAAGAACCGAAACAAUGUCGUCCAAAUACACCAUCACCGAUCUCUUGCCCCUCCCAAAUUCCUCCGUCCAGAUACCCCGCCUCGGCUUCGGGGUAUACCGUUCCCACGCCGACAAAUGCGUCACGUCUACCGCCCACGCCCUAAAAGUCGGGUACCGACACAUUGAUACCGCGCAAUUCUAUGGAAACGAGAAGGAGGUGGGCGACGCCCUCCGCGCAUCGGGUCUGGCCCGCAGCGACGUCUUCGUGACCACCAAGAUCCUCAGCCCUGCGGGGUCGCCGGAGGCGACCUACGAGAAGCUGGUGGCCAGUGUCGAGAAAAUCGGGGGCAAGGAUGGAUACGUCGAUUUGUUCUUGAUUCACAGCUCUAAGUCUGGCUCGGCGGGCCGGAAGGAGCUGUGGCAGGCCCUGGAACGCCUGCUGGAGGAGGGCAAGACCAAGGCCAUCGGCGUCAGCAACUUCGGCGUGAAGCACAUCGAGGAGUUUAAGUCGUUUGCUAAGGUCUGGCCGCCGCACGUCAAUCAGAUUGAGCUCCACCCCUGGUGCCAACAACGCGAGAUCGAUGCCUACUGCAAGAAGAACGGCAUCAUUGUCGAAUCGUAUUGCCCGCUCGUGCGCAACUACAAGGCCAACGACCCUACGCUGGUCGAAGUGGCACAGAAGUACAACAAAUCCACACAGCAGGUGUUGGUCCGCUACGCAUUGCAGAAGGAAUGGGUUCCCCUGCCCAAGUCAGAGACUCCGGAGCGCAUCGCCGCCAACGCCGAUGUAUUCGACUUCGAAAUCAGCAAGGAGGAUAUGAACAUUCUGGACGGUCUCGACCAGGGUAGCGGGGGUGCCAUUGUUGAGGCCGUGGAGAACGAGUAGACUGCAUAUACCGAUGGAAACACGUGUCUGGAAUAAGACCCUUUGCAAGAUAUAUAAUAUUAUGAUCUGUCACUGAUAAUGUUACUCAUGAGCCUCCGGCUGCAUGAUGAAAGAUUUAAUAGAUCGAGAAGUCGGCCGCGCAGGAUGCAUCAUGCGAAGUCGCGCCGGCGUCAAUGGGAACCACUCCAUUGGACACCGUGUAGACUGACAGCCGUAGGCGGAACGUGCUUGCGAAUUAGACGGCUGCUCUGCGACACGGCAAGACACGGCCAUAGAGUCAGGCCAUCAAGCAGAGCUCAUGCUCCGCGGGUGGGUUGAGAUUGGUCCUGGCGACAGCAGUUAUGUUCGCAAGAGAGGGGAUGAAGAUACCAAACAGGUUUACGACCAGGUUCCGGAGUAAAGCAGGUGCCCGUCAAUCCUAAGCAUUUAGGUGACAAUGAGGGGGCUUUCAUGCAAGCAACGCUACUAGGAUCGAUGCGUCUGC